AUCUACCCAGACUGCCAUGAUUCUGCUUUAUUGACUUCCUUACACAACAGAAACGUCACCGCUCGCGUUGCAUUCUGGUAAAUGAAGCCAAGUGAUCAAUAACGUUGCUAAUUGCAAUAUUUAAAUGACAUAUAUUUGGACGAGUAACAAAGUAUCUGCUUAUAAACACCUAAAAAUGAGAGAAAAAAGGACAAAAUGCAUUCGUUUAGAUUUUUUGUGUCAGUGUUUAAAGGCGAUCACGCCGCAGGACUACAAGUCCCACAACCUGACGUCAUUGCGUAGUUACGUUUGGCAGCGGUCAGUUGCUGAAGAAAAAAGCAGCCGCUUCCGUGUUGUUCUUGUUAUUUUGGUUAAUAACUGUCGCCACUGCCGUCGGAGCUCGUCGGACAGCGCGUCUCUGUCAUGGUUCUGUGAAGCCGAGAGACGGUCUCAGCUUUUCUCUGCCGAAAUGUCGCUGCUGCAGAGCUCAAAGAAAAGAGACAAGCGUAUCUUGUCUGGUACCUGCCCAGACCCGAAAUGUCAGGCGAGGCUCUUCUUCCCCGCGCACGGCUCCAUUAGCAUCGAGUGCACGGAGUGCGGCCAGCGGCACGAACAGAAGAACCUGCUCCGCGUGGAGGAGGUGACGGAUCCAGAUGUGGUGCUGCACAAUCUGCUCAGAAACGCGCUGCUCGGCGUCACCGGAGCCCCGAAGAAAGGCACGGAGCUGGUGAAGGUGAUGGGUCUGUCCAACUACCACUGCAAGCUGCUGUCUCCCGUCCUCACCCGCUACGGGAUGGACAAACAGAGCGGCAAAGCCAAGCUGCUGAGGGACAUGAACCAGGGCGACAUGUUCGACUGCUCGCUGCUGGGCGACCGAGCGUUCCUCAUCGAGCCCGACCACGUGUCCACCAUGGGCUACGGCAAGGACCGCUCCGGGAGCCUCCUGUACCUGCACGACACCCUGGAGGAGGUGAAGAAGGCCAACGGCCACAGAGAGUGCCUGAUCCCGGUGCACGUGGACGGCGACGGCCACUGCCUGGUCCACGCCGUGUCCAGGGCGCUGGUGGGCAGAGAACUGUUCUGGCACGCGCUGAGGGAGAACCUCAAGCAGAACUUCAAGCAGAACCUGGACCGCUACAAGGCCCUCUUUCAGGAUUUCAUCGAUGCCGCCGAGUGGGAGGACAUCAUCAACGAGUGCGACCCCCUGUUCGUCCCCCCUGAGGGCGUCCCGCUCGGGCUCCGCAACAUCCACAUAUUCGGCCUGGCCAACGUCCUGCACCGGCCCAUCAUCCUGCUGGACUCCCUGAGCGGAAUGAGGAGCUCCGGGGACUACUCCGCCACCUUCCUGCCGGGGCUGGUGCCCGAGGAGCGGUGCAGGGGCAAGGACGGGAAGCUCAACAAGCCCAUCUGCAUCGCCUGGAGCAGCUCUGGGCGCAACCACUACAUCCCUCUGGUUGGAAUCAAGAACACGGUGCUGCCCAAGCUCCCGCCGCGCCUGCUGCCGAAGGCCUGGGGCGUCCCCCAGGAGCUCAUCAGGAGCUACAUCCGACUGGAGGCGGACGGGAGCUGCGUGAUCGGCGGCGACCGCAGCCUGCAGGACAAAUACCUGAUGCGCCUGGUCAACGCCAUGGAGGAGGUGUUCAUGGAGAAGCACAACAUCCACCCUGCGCUGGUGGCCGACGUCCACCAGUACGUGUACCGGCGCACGGGGGUGAUCGGCAUCCAGCCCGAGGAGGUGACGGAGGCGGCCAAGAAGUCUGUGAUGGAGCACCGGCUGCACCGCUGCCUCAUCUGCGGAGCCCUGUCUGAGCUCCACGUGCCGUCGGAGUGGCUGCUUCCAGGAGGGAAGCUCUACAACUUGGCCAAGGCCACGCACGGACAACUGCGUCCGGACAAGAACUACAGCUUCCCCCUCAACAACGUGGUGUGUUCCUACGACCCCCAGAGAGACGUCCUCGUCCCAGACUAUAAACUCAGCUCUCUCAACACCUGCACCUGGUGCCACGGCACGUCGGUGCGCCACAUCCGCGGAAAUGGGUCGGUGGUUUACCUGGACGGGGACCGAACCAACACCCGCUCCCAGGGCGGGAAGUGCGGCUGUGGCUUUAAACAUUACUGGGAGGGCAAAGAGUACGACAACCUCCCCGAGGCCUUUCCCAUCACGCUGGAGUGGGGGGGGCGGGUGGUCAGGGAGACCGUGUACUGGUUCCAGUAUGAGACCGAGCCCACUUUGAACAGCAACGUGUAUGACGUGGCCAUGAAGCUGGUCACCAAGCACUUCCCUGGAGAGUUUGGCAGCGAGAUUCUGGUGCAGAAGGUGGUGAACACCAUCUUGCAUCACACCGCCAAGAAGAAUCCAGACGAGUACAACCCCGUGUCCAUAGACGGGGCUCACGUGCAGCGCCUGACGGACGCCGCCGACGGCGAUCGGACGCCGGAGGCCCAGCCGCCCACCAAGAUCAUCCUGACGGGCCAGAAAGCAAAGACCAUCCACAAAGAGGAGCUGACGAUGAGCCGAGCCGAGCGCAGCGUCCAGCAGAGCAUCGGCGAGCAGGCGCUCGUCACCCAGAAGCGACGCACGGACAAACUGAAGCAGGAGCAGAAAGGCCCGGCCCGGACCUCCUCCCCCAGCGGGUCCCUGCACACCUCCUCCUCCUCAGCUCCGGCCACGCCCACCAAGGCCUCCUCCCCGUCCUCCAACAGGGACAAGAAGAUCCGUGUGACCACCAGCGACGGCAGGCAGGCCAUGCUGACGCUGCAGCUCCACACCACCUUCUCUGAGCUGCAGACCAGCAUCGGCAGCCAGUUCGGCGUGCCGGCUCCCCAGCAGUGCAUCCGCUACGGCUUCCCGCCCAGGGAGCUGCUCCCUCCCAAGGAUGGCGAGGAGAACGAGCCGGUGGCGCUGCAGCACGGAGACCGCGUGACGGUGGAGAUACUGAGGGGCCCCGAGGACCCCGGCCCCGCCUCCCUCCCCAGAGCCUCCAGCUCCCACUCGGCCCUGCACGCAGCCAAAGACGACCGGAUGAGCAGCCGUGAACUCCAGGACAGCAUCGACCUUGAGAUGUCCUCCCUCUGUCUCCUAGCAACGCUGAUGGGUGAGGACGUGUGGUCGUACGCGAAGAAGCUGCCGCACCUGUUCCAGCAGGGCGGCGUCUUCUACAACAUCGUGAGGAAAGACAUGGGCCUGAUGGACGGGAAACACUGCACGCUGCCCCACCUGACGGGGAAGACGUUCGUGUACAACGCGGCGGAGCAGCGUCUGGAGCUGUGCGUGGACGCUGCCGGUCACUUCCCCGUGGGCCCCGAUGUGGAGGAGCUGGUGAAGGAGGCGCUGGUGCAGCUGCGCUCCGAGGCGGCCGCCCGCGGCAGCAGGGAGGGGAGCCCGUCCCACGGCGUGCUGCGCCUGGGCAGCGGCGGCGUCGUCCGCAAGAAGGAGCCGCUGCAGAGCGUCACCGCCUUCCAGGGGAGGGGCCACUCUCUGGGCAGCGCCGGAGGCUCCUCCCCUCCGGAGCACCGGCCAAUCACGCGCCAGCACAGCAGCGGCGUGGACCUGAGCGCCAGCGUGUCGCGGGGCCCGCCGGACCUGUCGGACAUCCCCGAGGACGCCACCAGGGAGCUGGUCCGCAUGGCGCCGGGCUUCGUCACCACCAAGGACAGCCGCGGCCUGGACCCGAGCCUGAUGGAGCAGCAGAGGAAGAAGCUGCAGGAGAUGGUGUCGUCCAUCCAAGCCUCCAUGGAGCGACACCUGAGGGAGCAGCAGAGCGCGUCCGCGGCCGGAGCGCCCGGCGCCGAGCAGACGCCUGCGGCCGGCGGCGCCGAGGAGAAGGAGGAAGACAUGGAGAGUCAGGACGCCGGGCAGAGCGGUGCCACCGAGCCCAUGGACCACUCCUGAUCGCUCCUCGCCCGCCUGGCGGCGCCGCCGCGGGUCGGAUCCGACGCCUUCAUCCAGUUUCUUUGUCUUUACUGCAUGACCAGAGAGCGCGGGGACCAGUCUGCGAUACAUCAUUGAUACCGAGGUGGCGGCUCGGUUCUGGUUCUGGAGCUGUUAGUUGUUCUUCUCACCUCGAUGAUGUGCCGCUAACGACUGUCCUGCAGUAAAUCGCAGACUCAGCUGUUUCGGGGGCAGGAGUGCGUGUUCUGCUCUUUUCACCUGCACGAAUCAAAACCCAAAGGAAACUAAAGCUCUGAUGUGAAACUUGUAGAUAGAACAAGUCUUAAUCUGCACCAGGAGAAGAGCUGCUGCUCACCUGACGCUCAGCCGCUUCCAUCGCCGUGGAGACGGGGCGCUCACACACCCGACAGUGGCCUCGUAAAUGCAUUGACUCCAGCUUCAGACAGACCUGCACCUGUAGGCUUAAACCUCCCACACGUCCACAGCCAGCGAGCGUUUGGACAAGGGAACGAUGCCUUUAGUUUGUUUUAUUAGCCUGAAGAAGCCUUGAUGCCAAACACAACUGAUCAGUUUAGUUGAAACGAAAUCUCCCUUUGAUGGUGACUUUUAACGUGUUGCAGACUGCAGCUACGGAGCAAAGUGCCUGGAACAUGUUGAGUCACUGAGUUUGUUUUCCAGCCAUGAGCUGUUAGUGUUUAGGUUUAAACAGCCGAUGGUUUUAUCAGCAGACGUUCAGGAUCUCCCCUGUUUUGUGAAGGUCUGAUGUCUGAAGCUGGUGGAGCUGAGGCUUCCGCUGUGUAAAGGUGGUGCAGGUGUGUUGCGCUGGUUGGAUAAUGUAGAAACAGCAAAUCCAUGUCAUGAGGGGUCGAAUUUGAAGAUGUGGAUCAGUCAAAGGUAAAAAUUCAGCCAAAUAUCAAACCAUCAUUUAUCGAUAAGUUGUUUAACCCAAAUAUAAGUUGAUAGAGAAGUUAAAGGAAUGAAACCAAACACUGGGACUUUAGUUUGGUUUGUUAUUUCACAUCACUCAUCUACACUCAGCUCUGAGCUGGGAUGACGUGGACCAGAACUAAUCCAGGUCAGUGCGGCGCUGAUUAAAAACAAAGGUAAAGCAGCAGGUCUCUGUCCCGAUGAGAGGGUUCGGUGUCUGAUGAAGUGAACUCUCAGCGGAUGCUUCUGUUCUAUGCAACAAUAGACAAACCGUGAACUUCCAGCCUGAGUCCUCACCCAUUGUCCAGUUUAGACUGCGCUGCAUCUGGUCCAUCGCGCGUCUGCUUGGAUCCGCUCCUGUAGACGGGUCUGAGGACGGAUCGUUCUGGUUGGGCUCCAGGGUUCACUGGUUCCCAUGGUCAAACGUUUGCAGUCGCUGCUGUUACAUUUUACAUUUAUAAAUUCAUUUAAAACAUCUGAGUGUCAGGAAGGAGCUGCUUUUGUCUCAGUGAAGCAGAUAAACAGACUUUUGUCUUCACCAGUGAACUCCACCAUCUGUCUUUUAUUUUUCACAGCGCUCCACUUUCCCAAACGCUUUGCAUUUAAAGGUUUUAAAAACCUGGAGGCAGAUGGAACAGUCAGACUCUGUUGCACUGGGAUUUUAUUUUUAAAUAAAACAAACUAUUUCUGUGUGAUUUUAUUGAUGCCAAUAUCAAACCCAGAAUCACACAACUGCUGAAGCUUGUGGUUGUUGAUCGCAGACCUCGGCAGGGUCUCUUCCUGGGGUCUCAUUUGUUUCUCAUUUAUUUUAAAGGUCAGGUUGAGACUAAGCUGGCGAACGCUGUGCAGACACGACAGUAGCGUUCACGCCACUAAAGCAAAUAACCGUUUGAGCUAAACAUCUGUUUACACGUUAGCAGCCAACAGAAUGUUUUUUCCUGGUCUCUGCGGUGGUUGGAGGAACUCGCCGUCAUCAGGCCUUAAAACCAGUUCAAAGUCAGUUUGACAUUGAGUGUUUUUGUUUGCUUUUACGUCAGACUCCAUUGUGUGAAGUUCAUCUUCACUUUUGAAAAUCUGAGCAUGUGAAUUGCUGUCGUCGGCUCUGAAGUUACUUUUGACAUUGAAGUGAACAAAUGGAAAACUUGGCACUUUGAGGGAACGUUAGCGUAGCUGAACCGUUGGUCAGAGCCGCUGCAGAAACAGACUUGAAGUUUUUCUUUGUGACUGCUGUACUGAUGACAGGAAAUGUAAUUCAGUUGUAUAAUAGUAUAUACAGUAUUGUAGUAUAUUUGGACCUGUACAUAAACUACACAAACACCGAUUGUUCAGUUCUUCAGCUCUUUUUUGGUUGUUGUUUACUUCUCUGGUUUGCUAAUAAAGUAUCAAUGAUACUGAGCUUUGACAUCACUGUUUGCAUGUGUGAUGAAUUUUCAAACCCAACAAUAAAAUCACUUCCUUCAC